CAAUAACGAAGCCACCCUUGUUGACGGAGUAUUACAAGGUGAGUGACAUUCGUGUACAAGGACACGAAUGUGGUACACGAAACUUGUUUCUGUUCGAGCGCCGAACGAGCGCGGAACUACUUACAAGCGCCGAUAUACGUAAACUUCACCCGGCACGUUAAAGGAAAGUUCAUCCUUUUAUGCCGUUUCCCGAGAAAUGGGAUCCAGGUUCUUUGCGUCGGCAAAUGGAGAGAGCGUUCCGAAAGCGAGACGAAACUGUCGUUAUACGUGCAAUUAGCCGGUCGGACCGGCCUGCUUCGUGCCACCAAGUUUGUCUUGACAAGCCUAUUUCGCCUUUCAUUGACGGUGUCUUGUCACUGACGGCUAUGUCCUUAUUCUAUAAAUGUAUAGCCUCCCACUCCUUCGAGUUCUUGAGACUAAGUCGUGGCCAUCAAGACUGUUGUGACAUUCCUAUUUCGGCUUUCAUUUGCAGUCUUGUCAUUGACAGAUACGUCCUAAUUCUAAACGAAGGAUAUCCUCCCGUUCUUCUGAAUUGUAACAGUCCUGCUGAAGAGGAGUGCUUCCUCUUCGUCCGCGGCGACAGCCGCUAUAAUGAAUAG